AUGGAGGCUGUCAGUAAUACUGCCAGCACAUCUUACACCAUAAUUCAUGCUCUGGCCCGCGCAACAGAAAAUGCGAGAGAGUUUGAAAACGAUUUCGAAAGAUGCCAGCUGAGACUCGACACUCUCCAAGUACGGCUCGAAGCUAUAAGGCCAACCGAGGUUGCGGAAGCUAUACAAGGCGGCGAAACAAUACCCGAAAGGCGGCGAAGAUCGUUGGCGCAUCUUAUCGCCGAUGUACAACGAACCCUCUCCAAGGUUCAGGAGGACGCUUCAAAAAUAAGGGCAGCGAGAACAACGGGCAGAAUGCAGUGGGUCAUCUACAAGAGAGAUCGUUGUUACAGGAGCAUCGCAGAGAUUAAUGCGCUUGUGGCUGAUUUGGAGAGAGCAGCGGGCAAUCGACUCUAG